GGUUGUUAGUUGAUUCGGGGUACGCAUCGAAUUUGCGGCAGUGUAACAGAAGAAGAGUUGUGAAGAAAGAAGCAGUAGCAUGUGGCGGCCGGCUAACGCCAGUGUUUACAGCUGGACAACGAAGGAAAUGUGCUCCGAAUAUAAAAACAAGUCGGUUGCGUAAAGACUACACAUUAAAUGCAGCGUCUCCUUUAACGGGGGUAGUGAGACUCGUGGCGUUUUAUUUGCUAAAACCAACAGAGUACGUCGGGAGAUAACAUUAUUGCACCUAGGUAGCGACAUAUAGGAGGAUUUGUGCAGCUUAAAUGUCUGAAUAUGACUUUAGCAUUCAAGCUAAUGUUAGCUAGGUCAAAUGGCUAGCCUUUGCUAUGACAACAAACAGGCGAUUAAUACAAUAUUUACACUGGCAUGUACUUGCUCGUGUUGUUUUAGAAGAAUAUAAGUGUGCACAACGUCAUUGUGAGUACCGAUAUGGUCUUAAAGUCAUACAUUUCGACAUCCCCGUGUAGCUUUUGUUAGCGGACUGGCUAGUGUUGCUAAGUUUGCUAACACGAUCUUGUCCAGCCCUUUCGCUUGACUUGACUCCCUUAAGAGCGAGCACUUUGCCGAGGAUACCAGUCACACAGCAGAAGCCCCAAUGCAACCCCUUCUCUCUUUUGGGUGAUAUUAAGGUGUCAAAUGCGUUAAAAUAAGCAAGAAAACUCAAGUUCCAGAGUGCCAUUUACCUGCCAUGUUGAGAAUCGGCUCGGGCUCUGCGGGCUGCCGUCCCGUGUGGGCUGUCACCAACACUCAGCUGUCAGUCAAACAACGCAGCAAAGCACUUCCUGAAUGUACUUCCUGAUGCUGAAUGUAGCAGCUGGUCGAUUGUCGGGUUUUUACAACAGAGGUUCUGCUAAUCAACUUGAACAUAAAGUCAACAUAACUCGGCAUUUAAACUUGGGCCUUUGUGUUAGCGCUGUAUCGCCAGACAAAAAAGGGGGAGCUCGGGGAGUCAUGUGACCGCGCGUUUCAAGAUGGAGACUGCUACUUUCGCUGCUUAGCUAACUCCGCUGUUUACAAUCAUCACAACAUGGCUAAUGCGGACCUUUUAUCGCUCUCACCAAGAAUUCCGCACUAACGUCACAUUUUGUAUUGCCAUGAAGUGAAGCUAUACACGUAAAGACCUCGUGUUGUGGUAUAAUAUUCAAGAUAAGUUAGCUAGUGGGAGAGAGUGGAGAAAACUGCCAAUGGUCGACUCAACGUAAAACACAAAGCAGCAAUGGCGUUAAGAGAGUUAAAAGUUUGUCUUCUGGGGGACACUGGUGUUGGCAAGUCAAGCAUUGUGUGGAGAUUUGUAGAGGACAGCUUUGACCCAAACAUCAACCCAACUAUUGGGGCUUCUUUUAUGACCAAGACGGUGCAAUACCAAAAUGAGCUGCACAAGUUCCUGAUAUGGGACACGGCAGGACAGGAGCGGUUCCGAGCUCUGGCGCCAAUGUACUACAGAGGCUCUGCAGCGGCCAUCAUUGUUUAUGACAUUACAAAAGAGGAGUCCUUCCAGACUCUGAAGAACUGGGUGAAGGAGCUGCGUCAGCAUGGUCCUCCAAAUAUUGUAGUGGCCAUAGCUGGCAACAAAUGUGAUCUGUCGGACGCCAGGGAAGUCUUGGAGAAGGACGCCAAGGACUAUGCGGACUCCAUCCAUGCCAUAUUUGUAGAGACCAGUGCCAAAAAUGCCAUUAACAUCAACGAGGUGUUUAUAGAGAUAAGUAAGCGCAUCCCAGUUGCAGAUGCGGCUGGGGCAACGUCGGGAAAAGGUUUCAAACUGGGGCGGCAAGCGUCAGAGUCUCGCAGGAUGUGCUGCUGAUGAUAGCACAGCUAUCACACACAAGCAUGCAGUUUAAAAAAAAUGGUGGCAGAAGGGGAAGAUGAAAGCUUAAACAUAUGCAGGCUGGGAGCUGAAAAGUGGAUGGAAACAAUUUAGGGGACAAAAGUUGGAGUCUUUACACAUUUUGAUAGUGCUUAAAUUAUUGCCUUUAAUAACUGUUUCAAUCCAUUGUGUGCAAUCAGUAAUUUAUCAUUAUUGAUUCCUCUUGUUGGGAAAAGGUGAUGGAAGCUGCAAAUACAACCAUGUUAUUAAAGAUAUGAGGCAACCUAUGACCUUUUUAUAUAAUACAGUUCUUAGGUUGUGUUUCGCAUCUGCAUUUAGCCUGUAUGGACAUUUUAUGAUGAGAAACUGGCUGUCUCUGCCUGUUACAUGCUAAGUCAGUUUGUGGUCCUCGCCACAUUGCUUGAACUUUGUAACAGAUUAAACACUUCAGUUUGAUACUUUACUUUGGUGCAGUGAGGAAAAGAUGAAGUUGACGUGGCGCUACGUCAACAUGCGUGACUUCUGGACGAACCUCCGCCUCCUAUCUGCUUUCACUUAUUGUUCACACUUGAUUUCGAUCUCUCUCACUUGUUCUUCUUUGUUCCUCGUGACUUUAGUCACUCACUUUAGGGACAUCUCAUCUCGUACUGUGAUCGGUAGUCUGCUCAUACAUGUUGAUGAGAACCACAGCUGUAUGCAACUUCAUGUUCCUUCCUGUAGCGCUUUUCAUAACAGUUGUUGCUACGACAGAGAUAAGAGACAAAACUAUAACAGAGGCUAAUGUUAAGAAUCCAUGGUGACUGGUGAAUAGUGCAAGAACAUUUUCUCCUGUCUUUUAUUGGUCAUUUAACAGUACAUUACAGCAGCACAUGUUUGUGUUGACUAUAAUUUUGGGGGCUUUUGAUUCCCUUGUAUUCUGCUUCUUAUUUCCUCUUGAAAGUCACGUGAUGAUGAAUUUUCUCACAAACGUGUCAUAAUUAUUUGUUAUACUGUGCAUGCUUCUAACUGAUAUGAAGGACAAUAUGAAGGACAAAGUGCCAUGUUGCAAGAUUGUUCUUUUUUUUUUUUCAAGCCUUGCAUACCUAAUUAACACUUCUGAUUGUGGGUGUAAUAUAAUGAUGUAAAAGUGUUGGAAGUCUGAUUGUGCAGGCUGGUUUUUAACACACAACAGUUGCGGUAAUUCCGAGGAAUGACACCUUGUGUGCCAGUUUUGCAAUGAAUGAAAUGCCAAUAGUCUUGGGCUGGCCCUGGGAAUGUGAUUGGUCAAUGUUAUGUAUAUUUUACAGCGUUAUAUGACAUAACACUGCACAAAAAUCCAUGACUAUAUUCUGCAUUAUUGAAACACUUUAAUGAUGUGUAACAUCUACAUAUUUGGUAAUAUCAGCACUGUGGUAGAUUUAUUUAGCAUUUUAAUAUGUUUCAUAAUGAAUGCCUGUGAAAGCACUUGUUGGCAGUGUGUUUCCAGAUGUGUAAAAAGGGAAUUGUCAGUUUCCUUACUAAUAAAAGAUUGACUGUAUUUUUUCUUUUGGUGCAUCCUCCAUUAAGUCAUGCAUAUUUCUG